UACAGCAGCGGUUGCUUGGCUUGUAGAGCAAAGGUCACGGCAGGGCAACAGCACCCCUAGGCGACAACGGCUUGAUAGAACACGCAGCUCGAUAGACCAUGGGGAACCACGUGAAGGCACGGCCUAAGUCGAGGCCCAAGCCGAAGAGCGUCAAGGCCAAGAUCAACCGCAAGAUGGGGUCUAAGCGGCGCACCCAGCGGAUGGGCAAGGAGCUCAAGAAGGGCGAGAAGGGAGCCGCAGCGAGCUACCUCACGCGCGCCCAGGUGCUCCGCAGGCUGCAGAUCUCCUUGCGAGACUUCCGGCGGCUGUGCAUCCUGAAGGGAGUCUACCCUAGAGACCCUUCCAAGAAGGCGUCUGGAAAGGCGAGUGACAAGACGUACUACCACAUCAAGGACGUCGGCUUCCUCGCGCACGAGCCCGUGCUGCAGAGCUUCCGUGACUUCAAGGCCUUCAUGCGGAAGCUGCGGCGCACCAUCGGUCGCAAGAACAUCAAGGACGCGCAGCGCAAAGAGCUGAACGAGAGGCCGACGUACAAGCUUGACCACCUGGUGAAGGAGCGUUACCCACGCUUCCUCGACGCUGUCCGCGACCUGGACGACGCCUUGUCUCUCGUGCACCUCUUCGCCUCUCUUCCGCAGAUGCGUCGGCAGUCUUCGACGCACACGCAGACGUGCAAGCGUCUCGUGAAGGAGUGGUCGUUCUACGUGUCCAAGGCAAAGUGUCUCUCCAAGGUGUUCGUCUCCAUCAAGGGCAUCUAUUUCCAGGCAGAGGUGAUGGGCCAGCCGGUCACCUGGGUCACCCCGCACAUGUUCACCACUCGCUACCCCCGAGACGUGGACUUCACGAUCAUGAUGACCUUUCUCGAGUUCUACGAGACACUUCUGAAGUUCGCCAUGUUCAAGCUCUUCCACACCCUGGACCUCAGGUACCCUCCGACCCUGGACGCGGAGCUAGACGGGGUCGACGCGGGACUGUCAACUCUCAAGACGCAGAGCCUUGAGGGGGCGGGGGGCGGAGACGAGGGGGUUGGCGAGGGGCCCGCGGAUGGGGAGGAAGAGGAGGAGGAGGAGCACCGGGUGCUGCCCAGCACGAAGGAGGAGCGGAGGGAGGCCAAGAAGAGGCUGAAGGAGGAGGGUAAAAAGCUCAAGUCCUUGGAGGCCAAGCUUGGUCAGAUCUCGCGCGCAGACAAGGAAGCUGCGGCAGCCGCCGCCUCGAGCGGCGCGGCGGCGAUCGAGGGAGGGGGGCUCGGGGAGGGUGACGAAGAGGACGCGGAGAUGGGGGACGCGUUGACGGGGCCCCUCGAGGAGGCUUUCAUGUCCCGGACGGAGGAGGGGGAGGUGCCGAAAAGCUGGCUGGAGUUGGUGGUAACCUCCUGCGGGGGGGUUGUGGGGUGGGAGGGGGAGGGCAGCCCGUUCUCUUCCGCUGACCCGGGCAUCACCCACCAGAUCGUCGACCGGCCCAUCCUCACGGAGCCCCGCCGUAAGCGCCGGGAGUACCUCCAGCCCCAGUGGGUGCUCGACUCCCUCAACGCGCGCGUGCUCCUGCCGGUGGCCCGCUACGCCCCCGGCGCCGCCCUUCCCCCCCACCUGUCGCCCUUCGUCGACGACGCCUCCGAGGGAUACGUGCCGGCGUACCGGGAGGAGCUGGACAAGCUCAGGUCGGCCGCGGAAGCCAGGCGGAAGAGGGGUGGGGGCUCCAACUCCAAACCCGCGGAGGAGGGUUCCGAGGAGGCCGAGGGGGAGGACGAUGUGCUCGACGUGGUCCCGGGAGUGGCCACCGAUAUUUCAUCAUCGGCAACGGCAGCGGGGACGUCCUCGAGGAGCGACGACGAGGCGGAAGAGGACAGGGAUGGAGAGGAAGCGUUUGCCAAGGACUUGGAGCGGGAGAGGGCGGGCACCGCAUUCUCGAAGGCGAAAUCGCUAGAGGAGGAGGAGGAGGAGGAGGAUAGCAGCAGCGACGACGACGACAGCGGCGGCGAGGAGGAGGAGGAGGAGGAGGAGGACGUGAUGGAAGAAGUCGCACCACGUUCUGCGGAGGAUAAGAAGCAGACGGAGGAACAGGAGCACCACGAGAUGUCGAGGAACAUGAUGUCCAAGAAGGCGAAGCGGCUGUACGGGCGCAUGCAGCACGGCCUCAGCAAGCGUCGCGAGGAGGUGGAGCGGCUCAAGGCCAAGCGCAAGAAGCUCGAGGCCCAGUACGACGCCCCGGACGGCAUGGCGACGAAGAAGAAGAAGAAGAAGAGCAAGGGCAGCAGCAACAAGAAGGAGAGUAGUCUUUCGUCGUAGUAGUCGUAUGCAUACAAUGUAGCCGGAACGGAGCAGCUCAGGAGAGAAGCUGUUUCGGAGGGAGAAACGAAGGCUGACCUGCCUGUCUUCCCGGCAAUGAUUAUACAGGCAAUCGUGUCAUUUUCUGUAUCUCUCUCUGGCUAGUUCUGGGCGUCAGUCUUAACUAUCCUCUUGGUGCUAUUUGUGGGGCGCGUCAGCCGUAGGGGAAUGACGCAGACAGCAUGCUUCUGCCACCCACAAUAACCACAGAACACGGCGCCGUUGGUGCAAACUUAAUGUGCUUGGGGUGCUGUUUCCCGGCAUCAGCGUUUGAAAGUCAAAGCUAAACAAGUUUCAUUCGAGGUGCGGGUUCGGGAGCGCCCGUCUUUGCUUUUCAAGCGUCGUUCUCCCUCUGCAUGUCUUUGUUUUGCGGGAGAAGGAAGGGUUGUGCCUAGCGUCCGCUACACACUGCGAGUGCUGUUGUUCCCCCGCCAUCCCGAAGUUCUACAGCAGUGUUCAUUUCUUGGCUCGUCUCUACUUCCAGAAACAUCUACUCGUGUGUCUGGUCAUCACCCAGAUAGUAAACGUGAUACGGGCAAUGCCUCUUCUGUCGGCGAGUGGCGAGAAAUGGAGUGCGUGCUGUGCCCAGGUGGUUCGUGUUGAGGGAUCUCAUAAAGAUGCGCGAAAUUUCGCGGGGGGCAUGGGCCGGGGUGAUACCGCACCCGCCGGGUCCGUGUGUUUGGAGGCAGUGGGAUCCGUCGCGGGUGGUUUGGCAUAGAUAUGAAGGCGUGGAUUCUGCCAGAAUCAAGCCAUUGUCGUGGAACAAAGCGAAAAUCGACGUUGAUGGAAACAUAAGGCGGCGUGUAGAAAUUGGAUUGGUGUGUCUGUUCGGUGAACAGCGUUGACAAGGCAAGGAGGGCAACGAUUGCAAAUUGUUCACUGACAACGAUGCGGCGAAGCUUCGUGGAAAGCAGUACUUUCGUUGUUGGAUGUGGAGAUGAUUCGUUGCUGUUCCCCUUGUCGAGUGAAAGACUUGUCGAUUUUCGCGACGCUCUUGCAGAGGUAGAUAUUGUACCCGGCACCUCUGCAUCCCGCCUUCGCGAACUAUGAAUGAGGAUGUAUUCUAGAACAUGGAAAGGGUACGCAGACCCUUUCCCUAAUCCGCCUUCCCCGGUUGCAUCCUUUGACCCGACAUGUUAACUUCUGCGAAACAUCGGCUCGC